AUGGGUUUGCGCGCCAGAUUGCAGUUUUGCAUCAACAAAUUCAUUGGCUUCGGAGAACGCGUCAAUGAGUCUACCUUUGGCCGAGUCUUUCGCCUUGAUGGAUCUGGACAUCCAAAACAAAUCGCGGAGGCGUCCUUCUGGAGAGAAAUUCGUGCCGGAUUGACAACCUUUGCCACUAUGGCGUACAUUAUCGCUGUCAACUCCCAAGUGCUCUCAGAGUCUGGAGGAAUUUGUCCAUGUGAAGGUUCUUCGGACUUUUGCAAGAACGAUGACGCAUAUUCGCAGUGCAAAACUAUCCUGAAGCGCGAUCUAGUCACAGCCACCUCAGCCAUCGCGGGCCUUUCGAGUAUCCUCUUCGGUUUCCUCACCAAUCUACCUGUCGCCUUAGGCCCUGGUAUGGGCCUGAACGCAUACUUUACGUAUCAGGUUGUUGGCUGGCACGGCUCGGGCCUUGUCCCUUACCGCAUUGCUCUUACAGCUGUCUUCGUCGAAGGAUUCAUCUUCAUGUUCCUAGCCUUGACAGGUCUCAGACAGUGGCUGGUCAAGAUGAUACCUGCUACAAUCAAGACAGCCUCUGGUGUAGGCAUAGGAUUGUUCCUCACUGAGAUCGGCUUAUCCUACUCGGCCGGCAUUGGUGCAAUCACUGGUGGCAGAUCCACACCGCUUGCCAUUGGAGGCUGCCCCGUUGCCUCACUUGACGCAAAUGGAGAAUGUGUUGGUGGCAUUAUGACGAACUCGGCUUUGUGGAUCGGCGUUUGUCUGGGGGGCAUCUUGAUUGCGUUCCUGAUGGCUUUCAACAUCAAAAGCGCAAUCAUGAUUGGAAUCACGCUUGUCUCUAUCAUGUCGUGGCCCCGUCACACGAACUACACUUACUUCCCGGAUACCGAGGACGGACAAGCUCGAUUUGACUUUUUCAAGCAGGUCGUUGCCUUCCACCCUAUCCAACAGACUCUGGGUGCCCAACAGUGGAAUCUCAGUGGCACCAGCGGCUCCCAGUUUGCCCUGGCUCUUGUCACGUUCCUCUACGUCGACAUCAUCGACUGUACUGCAACUUUGUACUCGAUGGCGAAGUUCUGCAAUGUGGUCGGCGAAGACGGCAACUUCCCACGCUCGACGGUUGCAUACUGCACUGAUGCGGCUUGUAUCUCGAUCGGAUCCCUCUUCGGUUGCUCUCCAGUGACCGCUUUUAUUGAGAGCGGUGCUGGAAUUGCAGAAGGUGGCCGGACGGGACUGACUGCAAUUACGACGGGAGUCUGCUUCCUGAUCUCACUGUUCUUUGCUCCCAUCUUCGCUUCUAUCCCUCCUUGGGCAACCGGAUCUACGCUCAUUCUGGUUGGAUGUCUUAUGAUCCGCCAAGUCUGCGGCGUCAACUGGGCGUACAUUGGAGAUGCAGUCCCCUCCUUCGUAACCUUGAUGUUUAUGCCGUUCAGUUACAGCGUCGCCUACGGUCUGAUUGCGGGUAUGUUUAUCUACAUCACUCUCAACACGAUGAUCUGGGUGGUGGUAUACCUGUCAGGCGGCAGGAUUGUCCCAGCCAAUUAUGAGCAGAAGGAGGUGUACAACUGGGGGAUGGGCAAGAAGGACAUGCCCACAUGGAUGCGCAAGCUAGGGAACGCAGUGUCAGGCAAGCGACAGUCGAUUUCUGAGAGCAAAGAGGCUGUGGAUCUCGUCGAUACGGACAGCACAAUUCGCAACAGCUCGCAACAUGGCUCGGGGGAAGACAAGGACGCAAUUAUGCUCGCCUCCCAUCCACAACACCGCCACCCAGAGUGUGUGCCAGAGUCGUGCUUUGAGUGCCGCCAGGCCGCGCCUUGA